GUCCUGCUUAUUCCACCCGAGCUUUCGUGUCUUGACUUUUAUGUCCAAAUCCCUAGCGCCUUUGCUGAAGAUUUGGGUGCAGUGUCUAAAGAGUAUGUGAAUAUUCGCAUACAACAAAGUAAUGGUAGGAAAAGCCUGACGGCUGUGCAGGGUUUAAGAAGGAGUUUAGCUACAACAAUAUCCUCAAGGACCUGA